UCAUUCUCCGCCGCGGGUGCAUGCAUGUUUCGCGUAUUUUGUUUGUCGUUUGCCGGUGCGAAGAUUUCGAUUUCGUCGAAACAAAACGUUUAGAAUCGCGGCGCGGCUAAUUUAGAUCCGAUUUCAUAAACGAUCGGUUCAGUUUUUUCGGCGAUAGCAAGUAGAGUUUGGUGAUCGAGUGCGUCAUGACGAAAACCAAAGACAUGCCGGAUCCGGGAAGUUCGAAAACCGUCCUCCACAAGGGUGCCAUCACCGUGGCACAAAUCAACGCAGACGAGUUGACAUUCCUUGCCAAUCGCUUCUGGUCCCCGGACACGGUCGGUAACCAUGAGUCGUACAAUCCGGGCAUCGUGGAGGAAAUCUAUCGACGUGAGAUUUGCGAAUCUCGUCAAUCGGGGCGGCGAAUCAUGAUGCUGGAGUUCAGCCAGUAUCUGGAAAAUUAUCUGUGGCCCAACUACCGAGGAGAAGUGGCCAGUAGGGCCCACCUUAUGUCGAUUGUGGUGAUGCUGAAUGAGAAGUUCCGCGAAAAAGUAGAGGUGUGGAAAGUGUUCGAAAAUAACGCGGAUCAGUUUCCGGUGUUUUUCCAGCAGGUGUUGGAGGCAUGCUUGGCCGAUCCGUCGACGGAAAGUGAGUUCAGUAUGCGGGAGCAAACCGGGCUGCUAGUGUUUUUAAAUCAUUGUUUCAAUAGUAUGGAAGUGGAAUUGUGCCGCAAUCAGGCGAAACGACUCGUUUCGUUGGCCAUGUGGUCCUGCCUGCAGCCGAAGCGCCGGGAGCAGGAGUUGAAGAACAUCCCGGAAUGGCGCAAGUUCUGGAAGAAGCUCCAGAAGCGUGAUAAAGCCGAGCUCAAGGAAAAGCUCGAGUGGGAGCGUCAUUUUUUGCAAAAUCUAGUGAUCAAGUUUAUGAAUAUUCUGGAAUCGAUUCCGAUCGAGGGUCCAGUCUGUGCGGAUACGGUGCGUUUUUGUGAGCGGUUUUUGGAGUUUUUGAUCGAUUUGGAAGCGCUUCUGCCGACGAGGCGUUUCUUCAAUACGGUCAUGGAUGACUGCCACGUGGUGGUACGAUGCUCGAUGGCACCGCUCUUGCAACGAGACGAGGGAAAUCUGUUCGCUCAGCUCUUGAACAUGCUGAAGUUCUACGCCCGUUUCGAGAUCAACGACGAAACCGGUGAUCCGCUGACGGACCACGACAUGACCCAGCUGCAUUACACCAAGAUCAAGGCCCUGCAGAAGGCUGCCUUCGCCAAGUUUCCGGAGCUGCGGUUGUUCGCCCUGUCCAACGUGGCCAACGUAGACACCAGAGAUUCGCUGGAGAAGCAUUUCGGUGCCCUGGACGGGAAAAGUUUGAAGCAAAUCGCUUGCUAUCUGAAUCUGGUUCCGGAUGAGCUUGCUCCACCGUUCCAGUGGCACCGGCUGGACGAACCGUUCCUGCGGGAGUUGUUGAUAUCGCGUCACGAACGCCGCGUGUCCCAGCUGGAAUCUCUAAACGAAAUGCCGCUCUAUCCGACGGAAGAAAUCAUCUGGAAUGAGAACAUCGUCCCAACGGAGUACUAUUCCGGGGAAGGAUGUUUGGCGCUGCCGAAGCUAAACUUGCAGUUUCUGACUCUGCACGAUUACCUGUUGAGGAAUUUCAACCUGUUUCGGUUGGAAUCCACCUAUGAAAUUCGUCAAGACAUUGAAGACGCCGUCAGUCGUAUGCUACCGUGGAAAUCGGAAGAAGAUGACGUUGUUUUCGGUGGCUGGGCUAGAAUGGCUCUACCGAUACAGUCCUUUGCCGUCGUCGAAGUUUCAAAACCACACAUCGGCGAGAAGAAACCGUCUCGUGUAAGGGCUGAUGUUAGUGUUACGUUGAACGUCCGUAAGGAGAUCCAAGAAGAGUGGGAGAAUCUCCGGAAGCACGACGUUUGCUUCCUGAUCACGGUCUGUCCAACGAAACCCAUCGGUACCAAGUACGAUUAUCGUGAGCAUUUUGUGCCGCAAGUAGGAUUGGUACAUGUGCGUGGUUGUGAAGUCGAGGGUAUGUUGGAUGCCAAUGGUCGAGUUAUUGAGGAUGGAAUCGAGCAAAGACCACAAUUGCCAGGAGAACAGCGUACAUUCCGAGUUUGGUUGGACUCCAAUCAGUAUCGCGUGGAUAUGGACAGUUUGCAAACGGGUGGCGACGACGUUUACGAAAGCUUCAACAUAAUCAUGCGCCGAAAACCAAAAGAGAACAACUUUAAGGCAGUUUUAGAAACGAUUCGGCACCUGAUGAAUACAGAAUGCGUCGUUCCGCCUUGGUUGCAUGAUAUUCUUUUGGGAUACGGUGAUCCUGGUGCAGCUCAUUACAGUCGCAUGCCGGACCAAGCAAGGGUUAUGGAUUUCAAUGAUACUUUCUUGGACAUCGAUCAUGUCCGGGAUUGUUUCCCGGGCUAUGAGGUGGUUGUUAAAGAGACGGAACCUGCGAAACUUGUGCGCCCCUUCCGGUUAACCUUUGAAAAUGUACGUGAACAAGUUGAUAGCAGUGAUGAAGAUGAAGAAGAUGAUGAUAAGAAGGAGAAGGUGAAUCUACCCAAGCGUAUCCUGGCGGAACCUUAUGAAAUCCCUAAGCGGGGCCCGUACAAAUACAACGAGCCAAAAAAGAACACAAUCCGUUUCACCUCGACCCAGGUUGAAGCUAUCAAGGCAGGUAUGCAACCGGGUCUAACCCUGGUAGUUGGUCCUCCGGGUACUGGUAAAACCGACGUAGCCGUGCAAAUCAUCUCCAAUCUGUACCAUAACCAUCCUCAGCAACGUACCCUUAUUGUAACCCACUCCAAUCAGGCAUUGAACCAACUGUUCGAGAAGAUCAUGGCCCUGGACAUCGACGAACGACACCUGUUGCGUCUGGGUCAUGGGGAAGAAUCGCUGGAGACGGAGAAAGACUACAGUCGAUAUGGCCGAGUCAAUUAUGUGUUGUCCAAGCGAAUUGACUUACUGGGACAGGUUCAGCAGCUACAGGAUUCGAUGGGAGUGGUUGGAGACGUAGCGUACACAUGUGAAACAGCUGGUCACUUCUAUUUGUACCAGGUUGUCGCUCGCUGGGAAAAAUUUAUCAAUGACUUUGAGAACAGCAAGGACUAUAAGAAUGCUGAAGCUUUCACGGAAGAGUUCCCGUUUACAAAAUUUUUCCAGGACGCACCGCAACCGCUAUUUGGUGGAAGUACUUUUGAGGAAAAUAUGGACAUUGCCCACAGCUGCUACCGUUAUAUAUCCCACAUUUUCACUGAACUGGAGGAGUUUAGAGCCUUUGAACUUCUGCGCAGUGGAUUGGAUCGUUCUAAAUAUUUGCUGGUAAAGGAAGCAAAAGUAAUUGCCAUGACCUGUACUCAUGCUGCUUUGAAACGGAAGGAGCUGGUCAACAUGGGCUUCAAAUAUGACAACAUAUUAAUGGAAGAAUCUGCUCAGAUUCUUGAAAUCGAAACCUUCAUUCCUCUGCUGCUGCAGAAUCCAAUGGAUGGAUACAAUCGUCUGAAGCGAUGGAUUAUGAUCGGGGACCACCAUCAGCUUCCACCGGUUAUCAAAAAUAUGGCGUUCCAGAAAUACUCCAACAUGGAACAGUCACUUUUUACCAGAUUAGUUCGGCUGGGUGUGCCGACUAUCGAUCUCGACGGACAGGGUCGUGCUCGUUCAAGCAUUUGUGAACUGUACAAGUGGCGUUACUCCAAACUUGGAGAUUUGGUUCACAUCCAACAAUGGCCAGAAUACGUUCUCUGUAACCCUGGGUUCAGUUUCGACUAUCAACUGAUCAAUGUGGAUGACUUCAAUGGCGUCGGGGAGUCCGAACCUAAUCCUUACUUCUAUCAGAACUUAGGAGAAGCUGAGUACAUUGUGGCCGUAUUCAUGUACAUGCGGCUCAUCGGAUAUCCAGCAGAGAAAAUCUCAAUUCUAACUACGUACAACGGCCAGAAACAUCUUAUUCGAGAUGUAAUCGAAGCUCGUUGCGCUGACAAUCCUCUCAUUGGAAAGCCACAUAAAGUUACUACGGUUGAUAAGUAUCAAGGUCAACAAAAUGAUUACAUCCUGCUGUCACUUGUGCGCACCAAAACGAUUGGUCAUAUUCGUGAUGUACGCCGUUUAGUGGUAGCAAUGAGUCGUGCCCGCUUGGGUCUUUACAUUUUUGGUCGCGUGUCCCUUUUCAAAAAUUGUUUCGAGCUACAACCGACUUUCAAACUGCUCACUAAACGUCCACUGCAACUACAUCUUACCAAGGGGGAGACAUUCCCCGGUACCAGAAAACUGGACGACAAACCCUCUGAAAAACCGGAGAUAGUUAAGGAUAUGACCGAGAUGGCUCAAUUUGUCUACAAUUUCUACAUGAAGAAGGUUAACGUUAUUCGCUCCGAGAUGGAAAAAAUGAAAGAGCUGUACGAGAAACAUCAACAGGAAAAAGCUGCCAGCGAACCUCAACCGGAACCUGAACAGCAGCAACAAACCAUGGAAACAGAACCAGAAGAGUUCGUACCAACUCCGAUUCGCAACGAAGUGGACAUCCAUGGCGACCCUGUCUCGGUGCCGGUUACGAAACGAGGCAAAAAGCGUGCAGCAACAGCGGUUGCAAUUGUAACAACUACCAACGCAGAAGAAAAAGAACCGGAACCGGAAACCGAAACUGAGCCGGUGGAGUCUGAAGAACCCGAACCGAUGGAUACUACUGGUGGUUCUACUGCGGAAGGGGUUUCUGAAAUUUCUAAGCCUGAAUCUGCUGGGGACGCAAAAGAGGAUGAACAAACAGAACAGUAAGGUUACACAUUUACACUAUUUUCUUGAUUGUCAAUAAAGUAUUCAGAUAUUA